CUGUUUGCGGUUUUUUACUAAAGUUACCAGAUUGUAUCUAUAGUUACCAUAUCUCUUUGUUUAAUAACGUAUAUUGGGAAAUAUUUUUGUUGUUAAAGUUAAUAUUGAAAUUCUGCAGAAACUUACCAAAGAACCAAAAAAUAUACAAAUUUUAUGCUUAAUAAGAAAAUGCCAGUGAGUUUAAGCAUAUAAACAAGUAUUUCAUUGAUUUGUUAAUCUUAAUGAUAAACGAUGGAAGAAAGACGAUAUUCCUCUUGGAUGUUAGAAAGAAUUGCAAUUGGUGAUACAGUACGUUUGCGUUUGGGCUCUAGUACAAUUGGGCGCCAUUCAUCUAGUGUCAUAAGAAUACUUGAUUCAACAUAUGUGUCACGAUUCCAUGCGGUCAUUGAAGUUUCUAAAGAUAACAGAAGUGUCUCACUUAAGGAUGUGUCUAGUAAUGGCAUUUUUGUCAACGACGUUAAAUACGAAAAAGUAACAGUUCAACUGAAUAAUGGUGAUCUCAUUGGUAUCGGCGUAACCACUAGUGAAUAUGACAAUGCCUUAGAUGUUCUAAAGCUGCCAAUAUAUGAAUUGAAAUACGCACCCAUAAGGCCAAUAAGAAUACCAAAUGCAAAUAGGCCAAAUGGCUCAGUGCCUACAGCUAAGCCAGUUCCAUCAACAUCCAAGUCGCCACCUCCUCUGCCGGGUGAGAGUACUGACAAGAAAUAUGCAGAAGAUCAAAGACAAAUAGAAAUUGAUAACAAUUCUAAAGAAGAAGAUAUGAAACCAUGUUGCAGUAAAAAUAUCAAAGUAGAGAAACUAACCGUAAGUGAAGAGAUUUUUGAAAUCAGUGAUGAUGAUGAUCGUGAUGUGGUAGAGAAACCUAAAGAACAAAAAAUGGAUAUUAUUACCCAAACAAAUCCAAAUGAGUCUGACAAAAUGAGCAGUAUUAAACAACAGGAUUUACCCUAUAAGAUAGAUAUAUUAAAAGAAAUCUCUAACACCAAUGAAAUAAAACAAAAUGAAACAGGGAAAAGAACACCUCCGGAUGUAACAACAUUAAGAAAAGAAAAGGUAUCAGAGCGAAAAUCCCCUGACAAACAACAGGAAAUGUAUAAGGAUUUGACAAAACAAAUAGAAAUGAUUAUUAAAAAUGAAUCUAACGAUGACAAGGACUAUAUAAAUCCCUCGCAAAAAACUCAAGAAAAAACUUCAAAUGAAGUAAUAAAUAAUAAUGUCAAUGAUGCUAAAGAAACUUUAACGGACAAAGUCCUUAAAAGUAAUGAUCAACAUGAAGAGAAAACACAAAAUAACGAGAAAUCUGCACCUGCGGCAACUGAAAACAAUAAAGAAAGAAAAGAGACUUUAUUGCAUGUUCCAAUUAUAUCGAAUUUAAAAAAGGAACGUAUACGUUCGGUCUCGGCCGAUAUAGAGAAUAUAUUUGGAGAUAUAGACGGCCAUGAUGUAUUACAAGAGAAAAUUAAAGAAAUAAGUCCUUUAAUUUACAAAGAAAUUCAUGUAACCAAAAAUUUAAAACCAAUUAAUGGAGAUGGCCAACAUAAAAUGCUGACUAAUGGUGAUUUAGUAGUAUUAACCGAUGACGAAGAUUUGGAGGUGGAAGAAUUAGGUACAAUUGUUCCCAAUGUAGCGGAAAGCAAAGAUCAAGAAGAGAAGAAAUCGAAUACUACUUUUGAAACGGCCAAAAGUCCUAAUGUUUUUGAUAGUUCAUUGGAUAACUCAAAAGAGGAAGAUGAGGGAGACAAGAAUGCUGAAAACAUUAUUAAACCCAUUGAUAAUAUAGAUUUGGAAGAAUAUACCAAAUAUGCACCAAACAGUGAUGACGAAGACAUAGAAGAUCUAAUGUUUUCCCAAGUACUCAUUAACGAUAUGAAAGCAGAACUGCAAGAUGAUCUAGAUAACGAAGACAAUUUACCUUUACCCAAUGCAAUGGGUGAUAAUGCUGUCGCAACUAACAACGAUGCUGGCGCAAUAUUGGCCAUCAAACAAGAGCCAGGUUUAGAAGUGUUCUCUGCCGUUCCCAAAGAACUAGAAAAUUCCUGCUGGAUUAUAAGCGAUGACGAAGAUUACGACGAAGAAUUGGAAACAAAAGUAAACGAUUGGUCGAAUAAAAUAUUCUCACAGAGUUUUAGUCUUAUGUCACAAAACAUGUCACAAGUCUAUGACAUAGAUGAAAUAGACAAUAAUGCUGAAGAAGAUUAUAAUGAUGAUGCCAAUGACGAUAUAAGUCUGUUAGAAGACGAUAUUGAAGGCAUAGCAAAUAUGUACAACAACACGACUAUUGAUAACGAAGAGGCUGAAGUGGAUUUAAAACUUAAAACUCUCAAUGAUGAAUUGAAAAAAGCUAAAGAGCAGGCUUUUGAAGCUUUAAAGCAGAAAAACGAAGAAGACAUUGCCGAAAAGCUGCCAAAAACUGAUGAUAAUAUAGAAAAGAAACAAGAUAUUAAAUUAAAAAAAGAUGAGAAAGACAAAGACAUCUUAGAAAGUAAUAAAGAAAAAAGUCCUGAUAGAGAAAUUACAGAUGGUAACAAUUUAACCGAAUCCCCUUUAAUACGCAUAAGACGUUUAAGUAAAACAAAUCCUGUUAUACAAUCUCCUUCCUCUUCGGAAGAUGAGUUUGAAUUAGAAUCGAAUAAACUAAACAAUAAUACAAUAAAAAUAUCUGAGACUGAGAAACCAGUAGUAAGACUGCCUCCGCCAGUAAUAGAAGCACCAUCACUACCUAAACACAAAGGAAAACUUAGAGGAGUUUCAGCUGAAGUGCCUAAGAAACCGUUGCCAAAUUCUAAAUAUAGCUCAGUUCAAAAAGCCAUGUCUUCGAUAAAAGAAAAAAUACAUCAGGAACGCUUGACCAAUGAUUUGAAAAGGAAGUGGCUUGAAAAACCCAGUGUUGCUAAGAGGCGUGAUAAGGAGCAUAAAAAGUUUAUUAAGGAAUGUCGCAAGGACAAACUCAAAGAAUUGGCCGAACGCAAAAAGAGUCCAUCCAAAGUAAACCAAAAACGUAAACUAAGCACAGAAGAUCAUGAACACAAAGCAAAAGUAGCUAAAGUCAAGGUAACCACUCAUAACAGAGGAGCUUUUCUAGUAAACAAUGAUCCAACACCGCCGCCACCAGCUCAUGGUCACAAACCCGAGCCAAUUAAUCAAUUUAAAAUACCCAAAGUUCCAAAGAAAACUGAAGAACCCAAAAAGCCUCAAACAGUGGAGAGUAAUAAACAUAAUUCUCUUACUCGAUCACUUAGUGUUGAUGGUUUUGAGACAUUUUCACAACAACUAGCUAUGCCUGAUAUCCUGUUGUUCAAACGUCAAAACUCGGAUUCUAAAAAAUGUGAUAAGCCACCAGUUGCAAGUAAUAAAACUCAUAAUCCACCACCACCUAGAAGGCACUCAACAAAUGAGCCACCCAAACGUCCACCGCAAACGAAUGACAAUCGCAGAGCUACUCCACCAUCUCUUACUAGUCCCAUUUGUAAAGAAGCAAUAGCUGCUCGAGCCGUUAGGACAACAAAUAAAAUAACAUUUGCCUCAAUGGAAAAGAACAUAGUGGAAAGUGAGGAAAAUAAACGUAAAUUAUGUGCAUUAAGUUCAAACAACACCUCAGCUACGAACACUGCUAUCGCCACCACUUCCACAACAUCAUUGCCACCAAACAACAGCGUUACACAGCCUUCAAAUUUGAAAAAGUCGCCAGCAUCGUGUCAUAAAAAGAAAACUGUACGUUUUAAUGAUACACCCGUUAUACACUAUAUUGAACGAAUUACGGGCGCCUGUAAGAAAAUCAAUAACAAAGAUAUUAUGCCCAUGACCACAUAUAAAGAUCGUCGCCAUUUAAUUAGAACCGUCUAUCCAAUUAUCGAUCAUACGGAUACUAUUAUUUCGAAAAUUCUCAGCUGGAGUAAUGAAUGGUUGAUAAAACGUAAUGCUGCUGCUGAUGCUGCCGGAGAUGUUAUUUAUCCCAUGCCAACACAUUUCACAUCAUUUGAACAGUAUAAAAGCAUAAUAUUUCCUCUCAUGAAACUCGAAUUUGUAAGCACACUUGAACGUGAAUAUAAUUUUACACAAAAGGUUAAAAACUUCAAAGUAUCCCUCGAGUAUGCCACCCAUAAUAGUGAUCGUAUAAUGUUGGUAACAAAACUAUUAAAUACUCAAAAUAAAGAGCUAAACGAUAGUAGUCUCUAUGAUUUGGUUCUUCUGGAACCGGACCAAAAAGGACCACAGAUAUUUGCAUAUGUUGUAGCUAAUCGUAAAGGGGCUGGUACCUUUAUAACGAUAGUCUACGAGAUUAUAGCAAAAAAUUUCACUUUAGAAUAUUUCAAAGCUAUUAAAGAAUUUCAUGUACGUCCUGUUAUGGAUAAAGUACGUGUACAUUUUGGUGCAUUUAACGCCGUCUAUCAAUUGCAGUCAACUCCGCUUUUUCAGAAACUUGUAAAUCCCUUGGAAUUACUAAAAUGUAGACCACCACCUAAAAAGAAAGUACAAUAUCGUGGUUUUGAUCAGUUAAAUGACAAACAACGACAAGUUUUGCUAAACACCUACAUGAAAAUUAUUGAUGAAACUACACCGAAUGUAACCUUAAUACAAGGCCCUCCCGGUACGGGUAAAAGUUGUGUUAUCACCAAUCUUGCUCUACAAACACUAUACGGCGAAGAGGUACGUUAUUUGGAUAAGAAAAUCUUAAUAUGUGCCCAAAGUAAUGCCGCCGUAGAUGUUAUAGCUGGAAAACUAUAUGACAUUAGUAUGAGAAUGCGUCCUGAAAAGAGAUUUCGUUUAAUACGUUACGGCAUGCUAAAUAAAAUGCAUCCAAGUGUUAUGCCCAUAGCUUUGCAGAAAGUUGUCGAACAUGAUCAGCUGAAAAAAUUGCAGGCCAAAAAUAAAAAUAUACAAUUGGAAAAUAAGGAAAAUCUUAAAAAUCAAAUAUUACAAUUUGAGGCUCAAGUAGCUGAAAUGUCUAUGCGUAAUAUUAAGGGUACUGUAGAGGAGGAUGUUUUAAUAGAGAAAAAACGUCAAUUGCAGUUAAUGCGUAAUAUUUUAAAUGAAAGUAUGCGACCAGAAGAUGAACGGAGUUUAUUCACCUGGUAUUUGAGUAAUGCAAAUAUUGUGUGUGCCACUCUGUCUAGUUGUGUUAACUUAUCGCAAUUCAUAAAUUUCUUUGAUAUUUGUAUAAUUGAUGAAGCAACACAAUGCACUGAACCUUGGACACUUUUGCCUUUGAAAUUUGGCAUUAAUUCAUUAGUGUUGGUGGGCGAUACGCAACAGUUACCAGCUACGGUAUUAUCCAAGAAAGCCAAUGAAUUAGGCCUAGGUACAUCAAUGUUUACACGCAUUCAACAAUGUCUGGAUAAUAUACCCAGCGCGAGUGCAAAGGUUGCUAAUCAGCCCGUAACAACACCCAAUAACAUAAUUUGUAGUUUACAAACACAAUAUCGUAUGCAUCCGGAAAUUUGCCGUUGGCCAAAUCAAUAUUUCUAUCGAAAUGAAUUGAUAAAUGGAAAAUCAACAAUAGAUUUUACGAAAACACCACUUGUACCAUUUAGCAUUUUAAAUUUAGCCUAUACACAGCAUAACUCUUCCAGCAAUGGUAAAAUUACUAAUAAUUUAGAAGCGGAAUUUGUAGCUAAACUAUUAAAGGCUCUAGAUGGUUUUAUACCAAAUAAAUACAAUAGUUAUGGUGUUAUAACACCAUAUGCUCAUCAUCGUGCCACUUUAGAAUCAUCUAUAAGAGCUUUAGGUUUAACGAACAUAAUGGUGAAUACCAUUGAUUCGUAUCAGGGUUUGGAAAAAGAUGUUAUUGUUAUAUCAAAUGCCCGUACACAUGGCAUUGGUUUUCUCUCUAAUCCUCAACGUUUAAAUGUGGCCUUAACACGCUCCAAAAAAUGUCUUAUUUUAUGUGGAAGUUUUAAAAAUCUAGAGACUGUACCUGCUUGGCGUUGUCUUUUGGAAAGUGCCCGUGAACGUAAGUUGUAUCAUGAAAUCAGUGCAAAUUGUAUAGCGGAUAUACAAACAAAUGUUAUUGAUAAAAUUAAGUUAAAAAAUCAAAAUAAUUGAUUUUAUAAUGAAAGUUUUUCAAUUCUAUACAUACGUUUCCUAAGUCUAGUAUACAAUUCAAAAUUUUGCUUUUUAAUACUUAUGGUUUAAAGUAUUUUCUUCCAAUUUUAGUUUUUUUUUGUUAAGAUUGAACUAUUUUGUUUAGUUUAU